AGAUUCUCUCUUUGAAGUCGCUUGAAAAAUAACAGCUACCAUCAGAAAUGUGAAUGACCCCAACCGCCUCCAUUUCUACGAAUUUAGACAAAAUGACCGCACACCGUUUUGGACAGAAUCGAGUAUAGGGAAAUAAGCAAGACAAUAAAUGUAAGGAUACAAUUUUUUAAGCACAGUAAGGAGAUCUUAUUGCUGAGAGCAAUUUUUUCAAGAAUUGUGAACGGACUAAUUGUCGUACAACUAGGUAGCUGAUUCGUUAACGAAUUCCAGUUUCUUGUUGUUGAUUUAUCUAACAGUUUGAAUUUUAAAAGAUCUAACUCUAUGACAGAAAGUUUAAAUGGAGCAGAAUUACAGGAGGAUCUUGGACCACUACGAAGACGUGAAAUAUACACAAGAAUGAAAUAAUCACUUGGUGAUUGAAUUUGACGACUGAUAAUUCUAAAAUCUUAUUCAAAAAUUAUUACUUAUAUCACAGAAAUUAUAUAUUGUAACAGACAAGCUUAAGUUUCGAGACAUUUUUAAUGCGACUUCAAAAGGUGAAGAUUCUCAACAGAAUAUAUGUUUUACAUUACACGAUAUCUUUGUUAUAUUUGGACCGAUAUUGUUUUUAAUCGAAAAGGUUUUCUCGUGUACACUAAUUUUGUCAAGAUAAUACACGAUGAACAAUGAAAUAGAUCAUGAAAAACAUAAUAAAUAUCCCGUUCGUGUGCGUGUAAUAUUACACACGGCUGGUGUGUUGCGAGUUUUUGGAAUGACUUGGCUUGACACGCUGCCAUGUGUCUAUAUAUAAAUUCAGUACAAAAACAUUUUAGUUCUUAGAUUCAGAGUCAAUGCUUUAAAAAAUUAUCAUAGAUUAGAGAACUAGAAUCUAAUUUUUUUUUCAUAAUAUGGGCCCAGAGAUAUUGAAUAACAAUAGUAAUUAAUCUGAUGGAGGGUCGUUAGCUUGUUUGCUAUUCUAAGUUGUAAAAAAGCAGAUUUUGAGUACCAUAAACAAUUGUCAAAAUUCUAUUAUUUUUUAUUCGAUAACUUACAAUGAACACUUACGAUCGAGCGAUCACAGUAUUCUCACCAGAUGGACAAUUGCUGCAAGUGCAAUACGCUCAGGAAGCAACCAGGCGAGGUUCUGCAGCCGUGGGUAUAAGGGGAGACAAUGUGAUAGUUCUGGCUGUGGAGAAAAAGUCCGUUGCAAAACUUCAGGAAGAACGAACCGAGAAGAAGAUUGUUUUGUUGGACGAGCAUGUUACGUUGGUGUUUGCUGGAUUGAGGGCUGAUGCUAGAGUGCUAAUAUCUAGAGCUCAAAUAGAAUGCCAGUCCCAUCGGCUGACCGUCGAAGAUCCUGUUACUAUCGAAUAUAUAACCAGAUAUAUAGCUGAGAUGAAACAGCAACACACGCAGAGCAAUGGAAGGAGACCUUUUGGAUUAUCCUGCCUUAUUGGAGGGUUCGAUUAUGACGGCAAUCCACAUCUAUUCCAGACAGAACCUUCUGGAAUCUACUAUGAGUGGAAGGCUUGUUCUACAGGAAGAUGUGACAAGACGACCAGGGAGUUUCUAGAACAAAACUACACACCAGGAGUUGUGGCUACCGACAAAGGAGCAAUUAAACUGGCCAUCAGAUGUUUACUUGAAGUGGUGCGGUCGGGGCAAAGAAAUAUAGAUGUGGCCGUUAUAAAAAGAAACCAGCCAGUAAAUAUGUUGGAGCAAGAAAUUAUCAAUUCUAUCACCCAAGAAAUAGAGGAAGAAAGAGAAGAUGCGGAGAAACAGUAACAAAAAUAGAUGAUGGUGAUUUUUUAAUUUAAUUUAAUUUUCUACUGAUAAAAAUGUUACUAUAUAUAAAAAAAUAAUAAUUAUAAAGUUUCAUAAGUA